AUUGUGAUUAUCCAGCAUAGGUCUGUAAGCUACUAGUACUAGUAGAUCUACUCCCACUCUGGGUAGAAUGAGCAAGUAAAUCUCUGGCAACGGUGUGCUUUCUAUCAGUCCCCAUAAUGGCUAGCCCUGACAAGACCCACGACAAGAAGAAAUUGAAUGGGUUUAUGUCCGAAUUGUUGCGAUGCUCAACAGUCAAGGGAUUUUUACACUUCACUUUGCACCCCCGCGGCCGCGAAGAGCUACUGUUGUGUGUCAAAAACCAGCCCAUUGGUUUCAGUUGCCCGUCGUCUGCCAGUGGAUCGCUGAACAGUAGCUAUGAAGGUCAGGCACUUUCAUCACUGCCACGAAAUGAGCAGUCACUUCUGUUGUCUACUCACACGCAGAAAAGGCUGAGUGGGUUUGGUUUCAUCGAUGUCGGUCUGCCACCUGCAAGUCCCUCGGAGAGAGAAAUGUUCCCUGUGGAACACAACUCCACACUGUUUCUGCUCGCAUGCUACCAGCGCUACAACUGUCCGUACGUCUGGGUUCGAUCUGAUCAUGAAAGGCUUGUCCGCUUGAGUGGUAGUGGGCAUGGCAAAGGCAAGGAGGACAAUCCCCUGAAGCUACGCGCAACAAGUCGUUGGUUGGACACAGUCAUUCAUCCAUGGGAUAUCAUGGGUGAAGUGAUUCAGUUGUCUAUGCAGCCCUGUCCUUCCAAUCCGUUUGCUGUGGAUUUUGAGUACUUUGAAGAUCUGCCCAUGGACGAGUGUGUAUUGGCUACAGGAGCAAUGGCCAACUUCUUGCGUAAAAUAUUGCUCACCAGGCACCACUCGUAUGAUCACAAAGUUAGCGAGGAUCUGAAAAGAAUACUGCAGUUGCACUUUUCCGCCAUGUUCCAGUACGCAUCUGCUCCCAGUGGUGUCGGGAGUCUGGAUCAAGCAUCUUCUCCCGGUGCAUCUUCACAAGCUACAGCCACCCCAGCCCAACCAACUGGCUACUCCGCCACCGCCACUUCUACUAGCUCUUCAACAGCAGCAUACCCCAUGUCAUCAUGGAACAGUACAAGCAUACCAGCUGCCGCUAGUAGUAGUGCUCCACAGCAGCAGCAGCAACAACAGCAGCAACAGUAUAUGCCUCAGCCAGUAGCGUACAGUGGCUCUAGCACUGCUUCAGCUGGGUCAGCCGUGCUGCAAGGUGAGACAACACAAACACAUGCCCAGGUUGCAGUUAUUCCAGGAUCUACCGCAGGCAAUGUCAGCAAUCUGCCUCCGCUAGCUUUCAAGCCACCAGAGACUAAGAUGGCGGACUCACCAGAAAAGCCUCUUGCUUACUUCGGCACACCACCAUCCGACGACGUUGUGAAGACAUUGUAUGCGCAACAGGCCAUGGCUAACGCACCAGCUCAUCACUAGGCACACCUGGGCAACAGCACCUUGCUUGUAAGGUGACUUAGGUCUUCAGCCUGCAUGCCACUCAUGACUUUUUUGCCUCAGCACAGCACAGCACACACUACGUACACUUCUCCGGUUCUAUUGGAAAGCUACACAAGGUGAGUCGUGCUUUAUCCACCAGUCAUCAUGAUCAUCUUCUGAUUUAUGCGCGAGCACACGGGCACAUGCAUUCAAGUUGUUGUAAAGCAAACACUGUAUGUGCUAUGUAGUAUUCAUAAGCGAACGCUACCACCCAUUAGGUCUUUUUUGCAUUCCAUAUUGCCUAACUCAUCUCAUCUUUUGUACUUCAGCUGCGCUGCUUCAGCUAAGUAGUGCUUUUCACACACCGCUGGUUUUGUUUUUGCAUUUUUCAUGUUUAGUUGGUGCUCACAACAUUGGCGAAAGAUUACUUUCCCCCACAAAUUGUCAUUACUUUUUCAUUCGUCAAGUUCAGCAGACGCCCACGUUUUUUUUAAUUGUCUUCAUUUAUCUUUAAUUUUCAACGUGAACUACUACCAUACGCAAUAGUACGAAAUAUAUUUGCGAGUUCAUCAGCAAUAUCCCAAAUAUAUAGCAUAGAGCAUUAGAAAGAAAGUGUUCAAGUGAAUAUUUGUAUGUCCAAUUUAGGGCCACUGCUCAAUAUAAUCUGCUAAGGUUUCCUAAA